AUGGCACCCUGCCCCUCGUGCAAUCUCGGAGCCCAGUACCUGUUGACUGUCAGCAGUAAGACCUAUAAGGAGAGGUACAAGACGGACAAGAAGGAGUUCACCCUAUCCGGUUUGAAGCCUUCUACCUACUAUAACUUCACCGUACAACCCAUUAUGAAGAAUGGUAAACCUGUUCCCGCUGUUGCUUUCGCCUCCACAAAGACCCUACCACCAGGUACUUCAACCUUUCACCCCCAUGUUGUUACCUACUUACUUUAA